CUGCCCAACGUGGACGCAGCCGUCGACAUCUUCCGGCGUGGCAUCCAACAAAUAGACCCCGCCGCGAGGAUCUAUCUGACAAUCAGAGUUUCGCCAAAUGCGCCUGUGGAGCUAUCUGCCGUCGACUACCUUGUCGAGAAGCUUUGCCCGAUCCAGGGCUGGAACCUCUUUGCGGUGGAGUUUCCUGAGGGAGCAUACCGCGCCCAGAUCCUGCACGGAAAGCGAUACACCCCGGAGGAGUUCCGGGAACGCAUUGGAGGAACACAGCAGCUGGUCGCGGCAUUCCAGGGAAGGAGCAUUCGAUUCAAAGGCCACGCAAAUGAAGUGCCCGCGCCAUGGUUUUCUCUUCGCGAGCUCUCGCGCUUCGGGGUUAGGUGUGCAGACAUACAUUGCCCGCUCACUCCCGAGGACCUCAAAUUCCUUCACGCUAACUCGGCGCUGGACAGCGUCCCAGUGUAUCGCCCGCUCCUCCUCGUUGUAGAUAGGAUUCCCGAAGGC